UCAGCCGACUCCCUCCCGCCGUAGCCGAGCCUAGCCGAACGCAGCCGAGCCCAGCCGAACUCCUCGACAUUCCUGCUGCCGCCGCCCGAGCGCUGCCGAGCGAGCGAGCGAGCUAGCGGCCCCGGCCGCGGAGGAGGCGCCGCCCCAGGGGGAGGAGGUGCCCGCUCUCCGCAGACCGCCCGCGGCAGAGGCCGGCCGGGUCGCGCCCCGGCGGGAGCGGCGGGCGGAGGCUGCGCGGCCCAGGGGGAGGGCCCGCGGAGCGGACGUCGCCCCUGACCGCCUCCCGCCGCCCCCGGCCCGCAGGCUCUCGAGCCUGAGUCGGCACUGAGCAUCCCACUGCCCCGGACCCUCCCUUGGGCGCGCACCGGGCUCAACUCAGGCUCAGGACUGCAGGUGGCCAUCUUCACUGCCCAGAAGUCCUUGUGUGUGGACAGGACAGCCUCCUUGGAAAGUCGGUCAAACCAGAGUUGUGCCUCGGCAUGGGCCUUGCCACCAAGGCAGCUCUGCUGUCCAUGCUGGCCUGAGGGUGCUGCCUGUCAUGGGGGCAGCCAUCUCCCAGGGGGCCCUCAUCGCCAUUGUCUGCAACGGCCUUGUAGGCUUCUUGCUGCUACUGCUUUGGGUCAUUCUCUGCUGGGCCUGCCACUCUCGCUCUGCUGACAGCGACUCUCUCUCGGAAUCCAGCCCCAACUCCAGCCCCGGCCCCUGUCCUGAGAAGGCGCCACCUCCCCAGAAGCCUAGCCAUGAGGGCAGCUACCUGCUGCAGCCCUGAAGGCCCAUGGCCUGCCCUGGAGCCCUGGACCUGAGUCGAAGCGAGGAAUCUGAUCUCAGAAUUCAGUCGGCGUGGGGUUCAGAAUUUAGAAUCCAGUCUGUUUGAAGCUGGACCCAGCAGCCUAGAUUGUAGCCAGCCUGGCUCCAACAGAGGCCUGAGUAGCCCUAGAGAAACAGGCCUGGCGUGGGGGGUUAGGAGUUGGUGCUAAGGCCAGGGCCAUUCUGGUCUCUGUUCCAUCCCAAGGGCCAAGGGCUGAGUUUGCCCUUCCCCCAGGCUCAGCACCUCUGGGCUCUCGAGGUUGGGGAAGCAAACUGGGACCCAUGGCAAUAAUGGGGGGGUGCCCCGGUGGGGCCCCUUCUCCGUUUCUCCCACUGUUUGUUGGAUAAUAAAUGGAACUAUGGCUUACACUGA